AUGUCUGGAGAAAACACUGCCGCAGAAACCCGAGACGGUCCAGCCAAUUCCAACGCCCCGGGUCCGAGUACAACCACCCAGAUUGCGGACACCUUAAUCGAGGCCGAACUUCAAAACACUGAUGAUGAUGGAUCGUUGAGAGGCGAGGUGAGCGUUACUGUCAGCUUUCUGUUGAUCUUGUAA